UAACCGUUACUAUCAACAGCGUCCGCGGUGUUCGAAGCAAGUUGGCAAGAAUCAAGCCUGUUACCACAAACAUAUUUUACUUUUGUCUGACACAGGGUUGUGAGGGCUACUCUUCAAGAUGGCAAAAAAGAAGCAGGAAAUUCAGCUGCAGAGAGAGCUGGAGACACAGGAGGAAUGGGAGGAAUGCCUGGCCAUGGAGGGCCUGUGGGUGGUGGAUGUCUACCAGGAGUGGUGUGGUCCCUGUAAUGCUCUACAAGGAACCUUCAGGCGGCUCAAGAAUGAACUUGGGGAUUCGCUGCUCCAUUUCGCAGUUGCAAAGGCUGACACAAUAGACGCCCUGGAGCAGUACAGAGGUCGAUGUGAGCCCACGUUUCUUUUCUACGCCGGUGGUGUCCUGGUCAGUUUCGUCCACGGCGCCAACGCUCCGAAAGUCCAGCGAACUCUCACGGAGCAGCUGGCCCACGAACACAAAGUGAUGGAGGGGCAGGGAGAGAGGAAGGAGGUGAAGGACACCGUGAUGACUCGCUCCCAGGAGAUCGAGCUCCAGAGACAAGAGGAGGAGGAGGCCAGGAGAGAGGCAGAAGAUCCCUCGGGUGUGUCCUCGCCAAAGCGUAGGUCAGCACAGCCCAGUGGCGUCGCUCAGGAAGAGCCCAAAGGAGUUACCGUGGCCAUCAUCAAGCCAGAUGCCGUCGCUCAGGGCAAGACGGAUGAGAUCAUCAAAGAGCUCCAAGACAACGGCAUUGAGAUUGUGGCCCAGGAGGAGAGAGAGCUCACGGAUGAGGAGGCGCGAGAGUUGUACUCGGAGUUGUCCGAUGAGGAUUACUUCGAGGAGCUGAUCAAGUUCAUCACCAGCGGCCCGUCACACGUGCUUGUGUUGACGAAGGGAGAGACAGGGGAGGCCAUCGUGAAGGACUGGAGGGACAUGUUGGGGCCUACCAAUGUAGAACAGGCCAAGGAAGAGGCUCCGGACAGCUUGCGAGCCAAAUACGGUGAACAGGGCUACAUGAACGCGCUCCACGGCUCAUCGUCCUCCGAAACAGCGGCCAAGGAAAUGGCCUUCUUCUUCCCCAACCUGGCAGUACCCACGUACCUGAAGAAGAAGGAGAACAUCCAGAGAACGCUCGCCCUCAUCCGACCGGAAGCAUUCUCAGCCAGCAAAGACGAAAUCUUGGAGAAGAUCCAGGAGGCGGGCUUCACCAUCGCGCUGCACAAGGAGAUUCAGCUGUCCAAGGAACAGGCCCAGGAGUUCUACAAGGAGCACGACGGCCAGGCCUACUUCGACCAGCUGGUGCAGACUAUGAGCAGCGGCCCGCUGUUGGCCUUGGGGCUGGCUCGUGACGAAGCUAUCGACGCCUGGAGAGAGAUGCUGGGGCCGCCCGACAUCGACGAAGCUCAAGAACAGGCUCCAGAGAGUUUGCGGGCCAAAUUUAUCGGCCAAAGCGGCGUGAACCAGUUCCACGGUUCGGACAGCGAGACCCAGGCCAAGAAAGAGCUCGAUUUCUUCUUCCCGAUGCAAGAGACAGUCGCUGUGAUCAAACCUAGCGGCAUGGGAACCAAAGAUGCAAUCAUUGAGAAGAUCCACGAGGCGGGCUUCAGGAUAGCGGCUCACAAAGAGACGACCAUCACCAAAGACGUGGUGGACAUCAUGUACGCCAACCAACAGGACAAGGACUACUACGAUGACCUGGUCAACUCCAUGACAAGUGGUGAGACCAUGUUUAUGGUCUUGUCUCGAGAAGAUGCCGUCGAUGGUUGGCGGCGUAUGAUUGGUGAGACGAAUCCCGAGGAAGCCAAAACCAAAGAACCAGACAGCCUGCGUGCACAGUUUGGCCAAGACAUCCUCAACAACGCCGUUCACGGCAGCUCUGAUCCCGACAGGGCCCGGGUGGAGAUGAAAGCCGUUUUUGGUGAUUUGCAAUUUAAUGAGGACGGUACCGUCAAAGUCAUUGUAAAAGAAGGCGGAGUUCCUGUCGCCGAUGUGGCCCCUGAGUACAGGCGAGACACGAACGCAACGACGGGAGAAACGACAAUGGAUGAAACCACAGCAGAUCAAGACACCACACAAGAUAUCACAGCCGACACAACGCAGGAUGUUACGGCAGCCGAUGCUACAGAGGCGGACGAGACGCAGGCGAACGAAACGACGCAGGGUGACACAACGCAGAUGGACACAACACAGGUGGAGACCACAGAGGGAGAGACAGGGGAAGGUGACACUACGGCCGGUGACACGACUGUCGCUGACACAACUAUGGCUGACACGACCGCCGGUGACACGACAGUUGCUGACACGACAGUCGCUGAUACAACAGUCGCUGACACAACAGUGGCAGAGGGUGACACGACCACGGCAGACGCCACUGCCACAGACGACACGGCCGGAGCGGACGCCUCAGGGGAACCCACCUUCCCCUGCCGCUAAAGAGGAAGACAAGCAGGCGGAAGCAGCUCCUGUGGCCGGACAAACCGAGCAGAAAGAGGAAAAAGCGGAGGAACCAAAGACAGAGGCACCUAAGGCAGACGACUCCGCUCAGCAAUCGGAGGCCACGCCCGCUGCAGGCGAUAGUUCUGCCUCCUCAGGGGAAGUAGCGGGGAAGAAAGAUGAGACCGCGGGAGAAACGACGGCCGACCAAACGACGGAGGGCACAGCGGCAGCUGACCAGACCACAGCUGGGGAGACAACUGCGUCGUAGGACACUCCGACAAGAUAGGGUAUAUCAAAUUAGAGCAAAGGAACUGGCAAGACCACCAAAACAGCAAGAAAGGACGUACUUUUGGAUCCUAACAGUUCAUCUUUACACAAGGCCACCUUGACAGCAGGAUGUGACUUGACACAAGAAACUACCAACGUGCAGUUAUUCCAAACAUAAACUCUAGAACUGAAUAAACUCCUAAAACAUUCCUGUACAUUAUCCCUGAGCAAAAAUAUCUGUCAUCUCUAGCUGCAGAUUACCGUGCUUCUAUUUGUUUAUCACUUUGCGGUCACUUGGCGCAAUAAUGCGACGGUGAAAAUUGUCCGUUCCAGUCACCUGACGCAGUUCUGCGCCAGGGCCGAGAAGUCUGUUGCAGUCACUCUCCUGGCUGGGUGACCAGAUGGGGUAUUUUGUACUGCUGGCUGUGUGACUGCAAAGUGUUAAGCUGAUUGAAAAGAACAUUUCAGCCAAAGCAAGUCAUAGCAGAAACCAGAGACAUUGGGUAUAUUUAAGCACAUUCACUCAUAGUUUCCCUAUUUAUUGUUUUGGUUAAAAGAAAAAAACUAUCAGCAUUCCACUGCUCAAGUCCUGUCAUCUUCUUCUUUGCUAGCCUUCCAACCCGUCCGUCCAUUCGCCUUCGAAAUUUUCCAUGUGAUUUCAACACCCCAAGCAAACACUCCAUGGUAUUUAUUCUCUUGCUUUUUUUGAGCAUGUAGGUUUGCUUCAACCAUGAUGUGAUACAAAGGGAAUGUUGAAUGUUUUCUGUAUAUAGAUCUAUAAAAUAUGAAUUUGUAUUGCAAGUGAAAUAAAGACAGAUACUGGAAAUGAGUCCACC